AUGAUAACAUGGGUUGAUUUCUACAAAGUGAUGAGUGCGAUGGUGCCUCUAUACUUCGCCAUGUUGGCGGCCUACGCUUCGGUGAAAUGGUUCAACAUAUUUAGCAGCGCCCAGUGCUCCGGCAUCAAUCGCUUCGUGGCGGUGUUCGCCGUCCCUGUCCUCUCCUUCCACUUUAUUUCUCGCAACAAUCCCUACCACAUGGACUCUCAGUUCAUCUUAGCCGACACUCUCUCCAAGCUCUCCCUUCUCUUCUUCCUCUCUCUCUGGCUUUUCUUCUUCCACUCUGCAACCCUGGACUGGCUUAUCACUCUCUUCUCUCUCUCCUCCUUGCCCAACACUCUAGUCAUGGGCAUUCCCUUGCUGCAAGCCAUGUACGGCCAUUUCACACACUCCCUCAUGGUCCAACUCGUUGUGCUUCAAUCUAUCGUCUGGUACACCCUGCUGCUAUUCUUGUUCGAGUACAGAGCUGCCACUCUCUUGAUUCGGAGCAAGUUUCCUGGACCGACAGCGGCCUCCAUCGUAAAAUUUGAGGUGGACGGCGACGUCAUAUCUCUGGACGGUCGAGACGUGGCACUUCGAACCGAAACCGAAACCGACAGCCACGGACGUGUUCGGGUCCGAAUCCGACGAUCCACGUCCUCUGCUCCUGACUCCACAUUGUCUUCGCCCGCAGGCAUCGCCACUCCCAGACUCUCCAACGCAGAAAUCUUCUCCGACAGUACACCACUCCAUCUGCUUAAGUCGCACCGCGUCGGUGCCCUAGAAGAAGUCAGAUUCGGAUACCCGACCGGGAGUCCUCGGUUAAUAGAAUACGCGACUUCGUCGGAUGCUUGCUCUCUCCAAGCCACGCCACGGGGGUCUAACAUUAACGAAUUUGAAAUGACGAUGUCGAGAAGCCCGCGGUUAUGGACGACGUCUCCGGCAAGAUGCGGGAAGAGUUACCAAGAGUUGUCGCCGGCGAUGUGUCAAGGCGGGGAGGGACCAGGAUGCCAAGAAAUAACCAUGUCAGCAAAAGAAAAAGAAAUUAGCUUCAGAGAUAUCACUAAUAUCCCAAUGCUGGAGGAAGGAGGUCCCGUAUAUUCAGAGGGAACAAACCAGAAGAUGCCGCGCGCUCUGGUAAUGAUGACACUUAUACUUAAAGUUGUAGGAAGGAAACUCCUGCGGAACCCUAAUACAUAUUCUAGCGUCUCAGGCUUGCUUUGGUCGCUCAUCUCUUUCAAAUGGAAUGUAGGGAUGCCUGGCCUGGUGAAUUCGUGUGUGAAAAUAAUUUCGGACGCCGGCCUUGGGAUGGCAAUGUUCAGCUUAGGGCUGUUCAUGGCACUUCAGCCUCGCAUCUUAGCCUGUGGCACCAAAACAGCAGCCAUGGGAAUGUCCCUUCGCUUCAUUUUGGGGCCUCUGGUCAUGGCUGUUGCCUCCAUUGCUAUUGGAUUGAGAGGACCCAAACUCCGAGCCGCCAUUGUACAGGCUGCUCUCCCGCAAGGGAUCGUGCCUUUUGUAUUUGCAAGGGAAUAUGGUGUACAUCCUGAUAUUUUGAGCACUGGGGUUAUCUUUGGCAUGUUAGUGUCCUUACCAGUAACGCUGCUAUAUUACAUAUUUCUUGGGCUUUGAAGAGACCAAAAAUAUCUGCAGCUAGCUAAAGAUGUCGUCCCUAGUGGUCAAUAAAGCACCAGAAAGAAUGGGUACUGUCACAGGCUCUGAUUCCAUGGGAUCUGACGGGACCACAACAUAGCAUGUAUAGCUAGCUAGGAGCCGUCCGAAGAAUGCUUUGGCAGUGUCUCUGUGUGCGUGCGUGUUUAUCUCAUAAUAGUAUAGAGUGACAAAUUAUGGGUACGUAUUUGGGUUUAGCAGUUAAUUAACAAACAUAUAUAAACUAAACCAUAUAUAUUAUGAAGUCUUUCGAUUA